AUGACAUCACUUGAAAAAGUUUUAGCUUUUAUAGAAGAAAAUCAAGAAAAACUAUUACCAUUGUAUAUUAAUACAUGCAAACCCAAAGAUGGCAACAUAAGAAACGUAAAGAAUUUUAAAAUAUAUGUUAAAGUUAUUGAUUGUGUUUCAAUAACAAAUAGAUUUGACAACAACAAACUGUAUAUGGUAAAUGUUGCAGAUUCAACAUAUUUGUACAGAUUAUAUAGUUCUACGUUUUUAAAAAAAGGUUUUUAUCAAAUUAUUUCAAUUGCCAGAUUAAAUGAUAUACCAAUUAUUGUGAAAGCUAACUAUAUUACCUAUAUUAGCCCAUCAGACACCUAUCCUCGACUGCUCCACCCAAUAUUUAGUAUCAUUAUGGAUAAAAACAAUUCUAAUGUAUUGUUUAACUGUUUAAAUAAAUCUAAAAAAGAGGAAGAGUCUGAAGAUGAAUCUGAAGAAUCUCAAGAAGAAUCUGAAGAAGAGUCUGAGGAUGAAUCUGAAGAGGAGUCUGAAUCUGAAGAGGAAGAUGAAUCUGAAGAAAGUUCCAGUGAAGUGGAGUCUGAAGAAUCCGAAGAAAUCCAUGAAGAAAGGGGACAGGGAGAAAAUGAAAUCAAAGAUACUGUUAACCAGAAAAGGAAAUUUGAAAGUAUUGAUGAAGGUAUUGAUGAAAGUAAUAAAAAAAGAAACUUGGUUGAAGAGAAUGAUGAACAACUUCACAACGAAGAUCAAAAUGAAUUUCAAAUGAUAUUGUCUUCUAUAGAAGAAGAAAACGCUAAACGCUAUACCAAUUCUAUCGAUACUAUCCAAGAAAACAAAAUUGCAAAAUAUUUGAUUUCAAAAUUUUAUAAAUUAAAACAAGAGUUAUUAACAAUUCCAAAAACUAUAAUAACGAAAACUGUCGAAACUGCAUUAUUUGAUGAAAAUACAAAUACAAUCACAAACAUCGAUAGAAUCACCGAAACACAAAUUACCUACAACAUAGAUUCAAAUAAAAGAUUGAAAAAGUAUUUUAUUUCAAGUGUCAAUACAUUUUUACAUUCAAUAAAUAAAAUUUUAAAUAAGGAAAAACAUCAAAGAAAAAGUUUGGAAUUGGACCAAAAUGAAAUAGUUUUAUUUAUUUAUUUACUAUCGCACCUAAACCAUAUAGAGUUUAUAAAAACGAAAGGUUUAUUUGGAAAUAAAGAGAAUGUUAAUACAAGAUAUGUUUAUAUUUUGACAUUAAGUUUAUUGGGUAUCGAAAAUGAAAAAAUCAAAUUUGGUAAUGGUUUAGAAUUGGUAGAAAAGUUUAAUAGAUUUUACAAUUUUAUUAAAUCAAACAAAAAUAAACACUACUGCUCAUUAGAACCAUUAAUUAGCAAUAUCAGUUAUUUAUUAGAGCAAACAAUUAAUUCAGUUUAUUAUAAUAUAAUGGCAGAGCAAACAUUAAAAUUAAAAUAUUGUUAUGUUGACCCAACCAAGUCAUAUAUGCUAUCCCUACCAAAUGAUUUCACAUCAAAUAAAAGUAAAGAAAAGUACCAACUCGAAAACAAUAUUGAAGAUAGUUACAGUGAAGAUUCAGAUGAUGAUGAAGAAAUAGGAUUUUUUCUACCAAAAGGACACUACGGAUACUAUGACCAUUCAAAUGAUAUUAAAGUAAAAAAUCAAGAGUCGGAUCAAAUUAUCAAAGAUAAUAUAAUUAAAGUUUAUAAUGUUGGUAGUAAUCCAAAUCAAGAGAAAUUCUGUAAUAAAGAAUUAUUCAAAUCAAAUCCAAAAAACAAAUUAUCUCCUGAAGAUUUGUUGUAUCAAACCGAAAUAAGUGAUGAUCAAAUCCAUUUUGCUGAAAAUAAAUUAGAAUCAGAUUCUGAACUAUUUGGUUCCGACCAAGAAUCAGAAUCAGAAAUAGAAUUAGAUGAAGAAGAUGAAGAAGAUGAAGAAGAGGAAGAGGAAGAGGAAGAAGAGGAAGAGGAAGAGGAAGAGGAAGAGGAAGAGGAGGAAGAGGAAGAGGAAGAGGAGGAAGAGGAAGAGGAAGAGGAGGAAGAGGAGGAAGAGGGAAUUAAUACCGGUUUAUUUGGUAAUAUCAAUAAUAAUAACCAAAAAUCAGAAGAAGCCAACUUUUAUGAUUAUUAUGGUUAUGUUGGUGAUUUACUAAAUAAUGAUGAUGGAUACUUAGAUGAGGAAGAAAAUUUGGGGUUUACAGUAGAUGAAUUAGUUGCAAUACCAGAACCAAAAAAAUCAAAACAGUUUAAACUUUCAAAAUUUUCAAAUUCAUAUCUUUCCCCAUGCCCUGCUUCAAAUGGUUGUUAUUCAAUCUCACCGACAUUAUUAUUAUUCAAGAAAUGUUUUUCGAUUUAUACACAUGAAAUUUUCGAUUACGACUUUGAUUGGGAAGAUAAUGGUAUUAAAGUUGCAGUUAGUGGCUCUUCAGUGGCAGCAUGUAUAGAUAAUUUACCUACAGAUAUUAAACAGCAAUAUAUUUGGUUAGUUAAAGUAAAUAGAUUGUUCACAAAGACCAAAUUACCAAAAAUCAUCAUCAAGCAGAUUAUGGAGUUGGUUGAAAGUAAAUCCAUGUUUAAAGAGUUGGUCUAUUGCAGAUAUCACAGUUCAUUAUCACAAUAUUAUAGAUGCCAUAAUAUUGAACUUACACUUAUUGAUGAAAAUAAACAACAAAAUGAAGUUGCUAUUUCGAAUAGAAUACUUAAAGUAUUUGAUCAAUUAAAAUCAAAUAUGAAAAUUAGAAUCCAAGAUUCUGAUUCUUGUUAUAUUCAAACUGAAGAUUCAAUUAUACUAUACCACAAGCAUCCAUAUCACUCUAUCAGAAUGAAAUUACAAGUCUGUAACUCUAUUGAACAACUUGUUGCCAAGAACUCAUUUACUGAAUUAGAUUGUUUAACUGCGGUAUAUGACGGUGAUAAUGUAUAUAUGUCCAAAGGUGCUAUCCACUCAUUCAACUCUAGAUGUAACCUUGUUCCAGAUUAUAAUCAUCAAAAGCCAGAAAAUACUAAAAUCUCAAAUACAUACCCAGGUUUCAAGACUAUCCGUUGGGAUUACAAUCCAAAUAAUAUACCAAACAAUUAUUUUUACAGAUUCCAAAAAGAGUGUGGUGCAAAUAGAGAACAUUUCUUUAGAGCAAAACUAAAUUGGGAAUCUUAUAUGAACCCAAAUCAAAGAGUUAAAUUGAAAAAAUUUUAUAGAUUUAGACCACUCCCACAUUGGCCACACUCUGAUAAAUUAAUAAAAGGGAUGUGGAAUUCUAAUUUAGUUAUGUUAUCAUACAGCCUAGAGUCAACUUUUAUAAUGUUCCCGCUCUCUACUUUGGGCUUUAAAGCGUUUGAUGACUAUGGUAUCUAUGUUCAAAAUUUCUGUUCAAUUUGCAGAAACCAAAUCGGAUAUAAAAACAUUCCAACCAAUUGGUGUAAAAAUUGUUUGUUAAAAGAAGAAUCACUAAAAUCAAAUCCAGCAAAUCAAAAACAUGUAGCUAUAAUUAUUAAGGGCUAUGGUGAUGGGGAUAGAUUUUCUCAUGAACAAUUAGAGUACACAACCGAUUCUGAAGAUGAUGAAAUCAAUACAAAUUCUCCGCCAUCUAAAUAUGAUUAUGAACUUUAUGGAUAUCAACUAUCAUUGGAAUUUUUAUCUUUAGGUUAUAAAGUUACAGUUUUAUCAACAUCAAACCAAUCUUACGAGCAAGUAGAGUCGUUAUAUGAAAAAAAAGUUUUUGAUGGUGAUUUUGAUGAAGAUAUUUUAGAAAGAUUAAAAAUUAUUCCAUCUCAUAAAUUUAAUUACAUCCAUAAUAAUAAUAGUAAUAAUAAAAAUACCCACAGUAAUAACACUAAUCAAUUAAUUUUAAGUAAAAUUCCAAAUAUUGAUAUUUUAAUAAAUUCAGUUUAUCAAGAUGACCCAAAAGACAGCUCAAUUUCAAUUUCUAAAGAAAUAUUUUCAAUUUUAUCAAACAAAAAAAUGAAUUUUGAGAGAAGUAAAGAUUUAGAUAAAAUGGAUCCAAGUCCAACUAUAUAUGAUAUUAAUAAUACUGACAAACAAUUUCAUUCAUUAACAUAUUUCAACUUUUGUUUUUCUAUCAAAAAAACAAUUUUGGUACCAAAUAAUAGAUAUGAUAAUUUUUCACCACAAGAUGUUUCAAAUAAUUCUAAAAUUUUCAAAAGAGAAGGAUGUAUUAUUUAUGUUAGAGAAAAAACAAUAUCUUUAGACGAUGCAGUUUCCAAGACAAUGAUUGAUAUUCUUAAACAUUAUUACAAUAAUAAAACCUAA